AUGAUCCUUGCCAGUAGCAUAAGCACCUCAACAACAGACUUCAGUUCCAGUGUAUCAACAAUUACGACCGAGAAAUGCUCUACGGUUGUUGGCUGCAGUGUGACCGGCACAACGGCAACCACAACCUCGGCGAUGGCGUCCACGACCUUCUUCUUCCCCAACAUCGUCUUCGGUCUCAUCAGACCCCUCGACCUCCCCAUCCUCCACAAAAUCAACACCUUCUCCAUCUACGAGCGGCGGGUCGGCUACGUCUACUGCGGGGACAACAGAGUCCAGCGGAAAUUCAUCCCCGACGUCAGCCUUGCCAUCCUCCACUUCUACGACUUCGUCGGCAGCAUCAGCGGCAGCAACUUGGGAGCUUACAGCUUAUGCUUUACAAGGAACCGGAGCGCAAAGUACCGACGAAACCUGCCUCACGAUCCAGAGCGACCUGCCGACGGGCCUGGACGGGGAUACUUGCGGAUUCUUCACGCAAGGCGGGUUCGACGGCCCGAACUCAUGCUCCAGUGGGACAUUCAGCCAACCGAAGUCGUUUACUAUCCGGAAUGGCUUCUGCACUAUUUAUCAGGGAUCCCGCUGUACGGGAGAUAG